AUGGGCUUUCCAAAAUGUGGUCUACUCUCAGUGAAUUUAGGAUCAUUUUGGUUGUAUCAAAUAACACAAGAGACUGGAGCUGAGGAAGAGACAGAAGCAAUGGAUGAAGGGACGGGAGCGGAGGAGGAGACUGAAGCAAAGGAAGAGACUGAAGAAAAGGAUGAGACUGAGGCGAAGGAUGAGACUGAGGCAAAGGACGAGACUGAAGCGAAGGAUGAGACUGAAGCGAAGGAUGAGACUGAAGAGAAGAAAGAACUCGAAUCAGAUGAGGAAGAGACUGAAGCAGGGAGAGCGACCAAAGUAGGAGAAGAGACCGAAGAGAAGGAAGAGACUGAAGUAAAAGAGACCGAAGAGAAUGAAGAGACCGAAGAGAAGGAACAGACUGAAGAGAAGGAAGAGACUGAAGCAAAGGAAGAGACCGAAGAGAAAGAAAAGACUGAAACGAUUGAAGAGGCAAGGCAGAUUAAACAGGCGGGAAAUGUUAACAAAACUCAGAAUGAAAGGCCACCUAGGUUGUAUCACCAUAAUUUCUUUAAGUGCAUAUGGAUUAUUGAAUAUUUGAUAGGGGAUGGUAGAGAUGGCAUAUUUGAUGUGGGGGGGUGUGUGCCUGCCUUCAUUUUUAGUUCAAAUCUUCCAAUUUUUUGGCAAUCUUAUCAUGACUUUUAG